AUGGACAGCCCUGCGCUCGUCAACACUGUUCGGGGCCACUCCGACUCUGUUGCAGCCCCCGAAACCUCAACUUUAUCUUUGAAUCAUAUUUCUACUGGAUCGUCUACAUCUCAUACUAUCUCCGAGUCAACAACAAACCUCUUACAAAAAUAUGCUACUGUUUCUUCGGUGGCACCCGAUACAACCUCGUCAUCUCUCCCCUCUACCACCAACGGUGACUCUUUGAAAGUCACUGACACCGAUACCGACACCGAACAGCUUGAGGACAGCUCACAGCAACAACCUUCCAAGAAUAACUGCGACCGACAAAGAUCCGACCAAGAAAUCAACCCACGACUCGUCAAGAUGCCUUCCGAACUAGUUGGCAAGACUGUCAGUCCGUUCCUCAAGGAACACAUUCCUGGUCUCUAUGCACCCUUUGGCAAAGCAUCGAUGCCUCUAUCUCCUCCUUCCACCAAUGAUACAACCAUAGUACGAAAGAAGGAUCCCAACAGCAAGUUCUGUUACCGUCACAGACCCGAUUCAAAAUGCCGGCGCGCAGCUGAUGAGUCCAAGAUGGGCUUCAUCCAAAGUGAACUGAACAGUCUAUCUUCCGCCGAUCAGGAGGCCAUCACCCACGUUUGGUCUCUAUUCUCGGCUGCUCCGUCAAAACACCGUGACUUGAUGCUACAGGGAAUUAUUACACAAUGCUGCUUUCCACAGCUCUCUACAGUAUCACGCGAAGUCCAGGAGCAGCUCAAGAUUGAUUUCCUUGCUGCACUUCCUACCGAACUCUCCUACAAGAUCUUAUCCUACCUCGAUACAGUCUCCCUCUGCAAAGCCGCCCAGGUCAGCCGUCGAUGGCGAAGCCUUGCCGACGAUGAUGUAGUCUGGCAUCGUAUGUGUGAACAACAUAUUGACCGCAAAUGCACAAAGUGCGGUUGGGGUCUGCCCUUGCUCGAAAGGAAAAAACUUCAGGCGUGGAGCCGCCAUCAACAAAACCACCGACAACCGAAUGCCGCCGACGUGGUUGAGAUCGACAACGAGGCUGAGACACAACCUAGCGACUCACGAAAACGUCAGGCCACCGACGACGAACACGAAGAUUGCGAUCGAUCUGUUAAGCGCUCUCGGGCCAAUCCUUCCAAAUCGCGACAACAGCUUGAAGCAGAGCGCAAGUUUCGACCAUGGAAAGAUGUAUACCGCGAUCGCUUCAAGGUGGGGUACAACUGGAAGACAGGCCGUUGCUCUAUCAAGACCUUCAAGGGUCACGAAAAUGGCGUGACAUGCCUUCAGUUCGACGAUAACAUCCUUGCGACAGGCUCUUACGAUACGACCAUCAAGAUCUGGAAUAUUGAGACAGGAGAAGUCAUACGCACGCUACGAGGCCACACGUCGGCAGUUCGCACUCUCCAAUUUGAUGAUUCCAAGUUGAUUAGCGGUAGCUUCGACAAGACCAUCAAAGUGUGGAAUUGGCAGACUGGAGAGUGCUUGAAUACGCUUCAGUGUCAUGGUGAGGGUGUGUUGACAGUCCACUAUGAUGGUUGUACCGUGGCAUCUGGCUCCAUCGACAAGACGAUCAAGGUUUCUAGCUUCAAGACCAAAGAAACAUUUACUCUCCGUGGCCAUACUGACUGGGUCAACCAUGUACGCAUGGACUCGCCUUCUCGUGUUGUCUUUUCGGCAUCUGAUGAUCUCUCGGUCAAACUCUGGGACCUUGAGUCUAGGCAAUGCAUCAAGACAUUCCUUGGUCACGUUGGCCAAGUCCAGCAAGUUCUCUUGAUGCCUGCGGAUUUUGAGCCUGAUGAGGUGCCCAGCUUGGACAACACCGAUGCCGUUUCAGUAUCUAGUGGCCGAAGCAAUACUCCUCCUGCAGAGCCUUCGGAACAGAUUGCGGAUGCUCGGGCGUCAUAUGGUUCGGGGUUCACAUCCAAUCCCGACCGACCCCUUCCCCCACGCUAUAUGCUCACUGGUGGACUUGAUAACACUGUUCGCCUGUGGGACACUGUCAGUGGCAAGUGCAUCCGCAGUAUGUUUGGUCAUGUCGAAGGCAUUUGGGGUCUCGUUGGUGACACACUUCGUGUUGUUACUGGUGCUAAUGACUCCAUGACCAAGAUUUGGGAGCCUCGCUCUGGAAAAUGUGAACGCAGCUUCACUGGCCACGCCGGUCCUGUCACCUGUGUUGGUCUCAGCGACAGCCGCAUGGCGAGUGGCAGUGAAGAUGGCGAGGUCCGCAUUUACAGCUUUGAGGGCGAGCGUGUUGAAGAACGCGGCACACCUUCAUGA